AUUUAAAUGAACGUAAGAUUUGAUGCUUUCAAGAUCAAACAAUGCAGUUUUAAAAUUUUUGGCGAUAGAGAAAGUACAGUUGCGAAUACGUAUGCUUUUUUUUUAAAUAGAAAUACCAGUGUACUUGUUAUAAAUCCGUAGCGAGAGAUCUUUUUUUGUUCAUGUUUUCAGAAAGUUCAUAUCUUCAAUCGAAUGGCGAACUAACAGAUUCUACUAUGACUCAGCAAAUUUUUCUUCAAAGCGUGAAAGCUAGAGUAAAACUGAAACUUCCAGCCUUUGACGUUGGAACUUGAAGAAAUCGAUCGAAAAAUAUGUCCAUGGAUGGGAAAAGAUCUAUAAAAAUGGAUCCAUUAUCACCUGGCCCUUGUUUAGAUAUUAGUGAUGAUGAACUAGUGACUAUAUCAGUCAGAGAUUUAAACAGGCAACUGAAACUGCGUGGAUUAUCACGAGAAGAAAUAGUUCGUAUGAAACAGCGUCGACGAACAUUAAAAAAUAGAGGAUACGCAGCUAGUUGUCGUAUCAAACGAAUUGAACAGAAGGAUGAAUUGGAAUCAGAAAAGACACAAGAAUACCGUGAUAUGGAAGCUAUGCAAGAGGAUAAUAACCAUAUGAGAGAAGAGAUAGAAUCUUGGCAUUCUAAAUAUCAAGCUCUAAAAAAAUUUGCUAUAGAAAAAAAGAUUCACAUUCCACCUGAACUAGAAACUAUAUAA